GAAUCAUGAUGGAAACCAAGAAACGGACCAUCUUGAUGAACCGGUAUGAGAUAGGAAAGUUGCUUGGUCAGGGGACUUUUGCAAAGGUUUACCAUGGACGAAACUUGAAAACUAGUCAAAGCGUGGCCGUGAAAGUAAUUGACAAAGAGCAGGUUAUGAAGGUGGGGUUGAUUGAUCAGAUUAAACGUGAGAUUUCGGUUAUGAGGCUAGUUAAACACCCAUAUGUCGUUGGCCUUUAUGAGGUAAUGGCUAGCAAAAGCAAAAUUUAUUUUGCCAUGGAAUAUGUUAAAGGUGGAGAACUUUUCAAUAAAGUCUCGAAAGGGAGGCUGAAAGAGGAUGCAGCUAGGAAAUAUUUCCAACAAUUGGUGGCUGCUGUCGAUUUUUGUCAUAGUCGUGGUGUCUAUCAUCGUGAUCUCAAGCCUGAAAACCUCCUUCUUGAUGAAUUUGGGAACCUAAAAGUCACGGAUUUUGGAUUAAGCGCGUUAGGUGAGUCCAGAAGACAAGAUGGUCUGUUGCACACAACAUGUGGAACGCCGGCUUAUGUUGCACCUGAAGUGAUAAAUAAAAAAGGUUAUGAUGGAGAAAAGGCUGAUAUAUGGUCAUGUGGAGUGAUUUUGUUUGUUUUGCUUGCAGCUUAUCUUCCAUUUCAUGACAACAAUUUGAUGGAAAUGUAUAAGAAGAUUAGCAAAGGGGACUUCAAAUGCCCACAAUGGUUCUCUCCAGAGGUCAAAAGGUUGCUUUCAAGAAUUCUUGACCCGAAUCCAAGCACAAGGAUUCCAUUAGCUAAACUUAUGGAAAACCCUUGGUUCCAAAAGGGGUUCAAGAAAAUCGAGGUUCCAAAGCCAGUCAUAACUAACCAAAACAAGUCACCAAAAACCAGCAUUAUUGAUAUUGAUAACGCGAUUAAAUACUUGGAUACUCCUAAGGGUAGUUAUAAUAACCUUAGAGAACUAGACGACCCAAGACCAUCAUUAUCACAAUCACCUUCAUUUUCUUCUUUUUCACCAUCUUCUUCUUCUUCCAAAGAUACUUUAAAACCUACCUCUAUGAAUGCGUUUGAUAUCAUAUCACUAUCUCAAGGUUUCAAUCUUUCUGGUUUGUUUGAGGAUAGUGAUACGGGCCAGAACCGUGAGGCCAGAUUCACAACAAAAGAGCCAGCAUCAGCAAUUGUGUCAAAACUAGAAGAAGUGGCAGUGACAGAGAGGUUUGGGGUUACCAAAACCGUAGAUGGGACUGUGCGGUUGCAAGGGAGUAAGGAAGGGAGGAAAGGACAGUUAGCCAUUGAUGCGGAGAUAUUUGAGGUGGCGCCGUCGUUUCAUGUGGUCGAGAUGAAGAAAUUGUCUGGAGACACCUUGGAGUAUAACAAUUUCUGUAACCAAGGUCUAAAGCCUUCUUUAAAAGAUAUUGUAUGGACAUGGCAAGGUGAGCAACAACAAAAAGAACAAAAAUUACCUCAAAGCAAUCACAAGUAA